CUGCCAGACACGGCAGGACACCAGGAACUUCAACCAAGACUGUAUUUUCAGGUCCGCAUACGGCAGAAUGAGGACUUUUCGAACGAACCAGAAGCGCUCCCACCGCUCGGGCCGAGUUCUGAUGAAUUGUGCAGUUCUCCCUCCAACGCCAAAUUCGACAAGCGGUUCUGGCCAACAUGGCCAGAUGGUCGACCGCCAUCGAGUUGAAGUUGACAAGACCAUGGGGCAUAUCCAAAAUGGUAUCGAGGUAUGGAGGACGGUCACCGCUCAAUCAGCAAGCAAUUUCAGCACCGAGAAGAGACAUCUCGUUUAUCUCGCCAUAUUUACAGCAUACAUUUUCGCGCCAACCUCCAUCAACAGUAUCUCGCUAAUGAUCAAAUGAAUUGCCCGCCGACAGAACGAAGACAAGCGACAUCCCGGUA